AUGCAGUCCACGCUGUUGCGGGAGACGGGCCACGUCACCCUCGAGUGGCUGAUGCGCAUGGAGCGCCUGCGGGAGGACGCCAGAAACAACCAGGGUCCCAAGGUCGGCAUCCGCGACCUCAUGGAGAAGUGCCACAACCCGGAGGUGACGGUGGCGCAGCUGCGCCCCACCAGCCCCGCGUCCGUUGAGGCCUUCUGCCGCCUCGGCGUCGACCCCGCGGAGCUCCUGGUGCGGCCCGCGCGGUUCAAGGACGACGACCACGUCGCGAAGGCCAAGCACGCGCGCCUGAUCAAGCGGCGCGACGAGCUCCUGAACCGCCUCGAGGCCGAGCGCGACGCGAUCGCCCAGGGCGACGACGCGCGCAAAGUGCGCGGGCAAGCGGCGCGGGCUCUCGGGGCGGUCAAGCAGCAGGCGCAGCACGAGCGGCUCAUGCAGGCGCAGCAGCGCGUCGAGGAGAUGUCGAUCGACCGGCUGGUGAACGGGGAGCUGAUCCGGGAGAAGAAGAACCGGCGCGUGAACGAGCGGAGCAUGAAGGUCACGCAGCGGCUGGAGCAGCGCACCCAGGGGCUGUCGUCGAUGACCACAGAGGCCAUCGACAUCCACCAGGACCGCGCGAAGGGGCACGACUACGUGAUGGAGACGCAGAACGAGGCGUCGUGGGCGCUGACGAUGGAGCGCGACGAGGCGGCGCAGCGGCGGAAGGCGGCGGCGGAGGCGGCGCGGCGCGACGACGCGAAGCAGCGGCAGCACGCGUGGCAGCUGGCGCGGCAGCGGGCGGCGGCGCUGAAGGCGAGCGAGGCGGAGCGGCGGCGGCUGGAGAUGGAGGAGCGGCGGCUGGAGAUGGAGGAGCGGGAGCGGGAGCGGCGGCGGGAGGCGCAGCUGAUGGCCAGGGAGCGGCGGGAGGCGGGGCUGCGGCGGCAGGAGCAGGCGCGCGGGGCGCGGGAGCGCGCGGAGGCGGAGGAGGAGGCGUGGCGCGCGGAGAUGGAGGCGCGGAUAGGCGCGGAGCGGCCGGCGAGCGCGCGGACGGCGCGGUCGCACUCGCUGGGCGGCGGGCGGAGCGCGGCGAGCGUGGCGAGCACGCGGCGCGAGGACGGGAAGCCCGCGCGGUGGGAGGAGGUCGAGGAGUACGAGGCGGAGCGCCGGGCGCGGAUCCUGCGCGAGCACGAGCGCAAGAAGCGGCAGGUGGAGGAGAAGAAGCGGAUGGCGCACCUGGACCUGGAGAAGCGGCAGGUCGAGCGGGUGCUGCGCGCGGAGGACAACGCGAUGCGGCGGGAGGCGGAGGGGCGGCGGCGCGCGUACGAGCGCGAGCGGCUGGGCGAGCGGCUGGACAAGGAGAUGGAGGCGUGGUGGCGGGACCAGGACCGGUGGAGGGGCGCGCUGCAGGACCGGCGCGACGGGGCGAUCAAGAGCGCGCAGGAGCGGUGGCAGGACAAGUUCAACAAGCAGGGGCAGCGGCAGAGCAUCAUGUUUGCCGCCAACAACCUCCAGCGCGCCGGCGUGCGCGCGGGCGCGCGCGCCAUGCACAACGAGCUCGACGAAGACACGUUCCGAAGCAGCAUCGCCGCGGCGAAGAACAAGGCCCACUGA